AUGUAGAUUAGAUGUACCUAAGCCGAUCAUAGAAAUUAAUAAAUAAUGGGCUUUUGUAUAGAUAGUAUUUGCCAAGAUUAAAGGCCUUAUUGUAAUUUUUGCUUGCCUCGUCAUGGUCAACAUCUAAAGAAAUUAAUAUCUGUAGAACUACUAAAUGAAUGGAUUUAGCAACGAAUCUUUCGUGUUUAAAAUGUAUAAUAGAAUAUUUAAGAGUGCAAAUUAUCCCUUGAUAAUCUUCUUAAAUUUUUGAUACCUUAUUUUAACUUUGAUACAUAAUAAUUUCCAGAUAUAGGAAUAUCAUAGAUUGAUAACAUGAUUAAGAGUUUAUGUUAAUUGGAAAGUUGCGAAGAAUUACUAUUUAAACAACUUAAAUAAUCAAUUGAAUAAACCUAAUUUAUUAUAGAUGAGACAUUAAAGAAAGAAAGGAAUCUUAAAAACUAAAAGCAAUAGUUUAAAUUCCAAAUUCCAAAUUCUGACCCCAAAAUAUUGAUUUUAGCUUAGCAAUAACACCUAAAUAUAUCGAAAGCAAAUCAAAACUACAUAACCUUUGAACUCAUGAAUUAAAGUUCAAUUCCGUAAGAAGAUAAAUGUUACGCUAUUGCUAUCAGAAAAGAUAACUCCAUAGUAUUAGCUGGAUUUGGUAAAGACAUUAAAGUAUUUCGACAUGAAAAAGGGUUAUUAAAUCAAAUUUAAUUAUUAAGUGAGCAUAAAAAUGAUGUAUUGACUUUAAAUUUUAUGAAAAAGACUAAUAAUUUUGCAUCUGGAAGUUUUGAUAAUUUAAUAAUAAUUUGGUAGGAGACUGAAUAUUAUAAAUGGGAUUGUUUACAAAAGUUAAAUGGACAUUCAAGUAGGAUAUUUUGUUUAUUGUUAAAUAAUAUAGAUGAUCUAAUAAUAUCAGGUAGUUAUGAUAAAACAAUAAAAUUUUGGAAAAAAUAGAAUUAAUGA